GCAUCCUCUCCUAUCUCUCCUCUCCUCACUCUUAACUUUCUCAUCAUUCAGUCCUGCAGGUUGUGAUGUGUUUAACAAACAAUCAGCGAUAACAAAACAGUUUUACUGCAUUCUGGAUAAAAUUCCAUUAACUGAGGGUUAAUUUGGUAACUGUAAGAGAGCAGAAUGUCUAACAACAUGGCCAAGAUUGCAGAUGCGCGAAAGACGGUGGAACAAUUAAAGCUGGAGGUUAAUAUAGACAGAAUAAUGGUAUCUAAAGCAGCAGCCGAACUGAUGGCUUACUGUGAGACCCAUGCAAAAGAAGACCCCCUGGUGACACCUGUACCAUCCUCAGAAAACCCUUUCAGAGAGAAAAAGAUUUUCUGUACUAUUUUGUAGUUAUUUAUAGCGGUUUAUUGUAUUAUUUUUUAGGAUAAUUUCAACACCUGAAGCCAAAAUAUUUCUCUAACGUUAUACACAAUGUUCUUUAAUGUGUAAAAUGUCUCCUUAUCUCUGUCAUGUAACUGUUGUAAUCUAUCAUAACUUGGUACUUCAGAGUUAUUUUCUUUUUAAUUUUUCUUUUAAUUACUUAUCCACGUGUAAAAAAUGUGUAAUAAACAUUUUCUCAAGGCA